UUCUUAAAGAAAAAUGAUAUGAAGAAUUUAAGUACUUAAUUGGUGGGAUAGGCAUAGGCUACAGCAUUUGAAUUAUUAGACAUUUUGAAAUUGAUGUUCAAUGGGUAUAUUUGGUUCAAUGGAAGGGGAUUUGAAAAGGGUUCUUGGCCAAGAGACUGGUCUGGAGCCAAAGGAGCAGAGAUUGUUGUUUAAAGGUAAAGAAAAAGACGAUGAAGAAUGUUUACACAUGGUAGGUGUAAAAGAUAUGUCAAAGGUAAUUUUGUUCGAGGACCCAGCUAGCAAGGAGAGGAAGCUUGAGGAGAUGAAUAGAAAUCAUGGUAUACUUAAAGCUUAUGAAGAUGUUGCCAAAGUCAGAAUGGAGGUUGAUAAACUCUCAGAGAAGGUUGUUGCUUUAGAGGCAACUGUUCGUGGUGGCGCCAAGGUUGCAGACAAGGACUUCCUCGUCUUAACGGAGUUACUUAUGGCGCAGCUGCUUAAACUGGACUCAAUUGAGGCAAAUGGAGAAGCGAAAGUUCAGAGGAGGAUUGAGGUUCGCCGAGUGCAGAGUUUUGUGGACACAGUAGACAGUCUCAAGGCAAGAAACUCUAAUCCCUUUAGCAAUAGUGGCAAUGCAGUAUCAGUGACCACCAAAUGGGAGACGUUCGAGUCAGGAGUCGGAUGCUUAAGCGCUCCAGCCCCAUUACAACCUUCCACAAAAAUAACUCAGGAUUGGGAAUCGUUUGACUGAUGAGGUCUGUAUAUAUUUGCAAAGGAAGCAAAAGUAUAUAUUCUAAUAUCAAUAUACCUGGACCCUGUUACUAUGAGGGCUUUGUUUGCUGCUCUUAAUCACUGAAAAGGCUGUUUAAUUUUAAGUUUUUGAUAGGUUAGAGAUGAAGAUCAAACCUUUUUAACUGCUAUGAUGUUGUACAGAGUUGAGAUGCCUUGCUUUC